AUGCCAGCUUGCAAAGAUGUGGUCACUGGCUCCCUACUACAUUCAGGUCUGAACAAGCACAUCGCGAAUUCACUUACCUGCCGCCAGAAAUGGCAGGAUCGCCUCCAAAACUUCAGCAUCAAUGUGUUGACCUUGGUGGCAGACCACCAGUUGAGGACAAUACAAACAAAGAAACGUACUCACCUCCACAUCCAGGGUUCGGUCGAGUUCGAUCAAGACCAUGUUCAGAGUCGCAGUGUCCAGAUUGAAGAGGUCACCGAUGACCCUGGUCCUGUCGGGACAUGGUGCUGGGUUGAAGAGUACCCUGAUGAGAUGUUAGCUGGUGCACCAUGUCGUCCUGCUGAAGACAUUGUGCCCACCAAGUUUGACACCAUCAAGGAUAACCAAGAAGCAAAUGGCGAGAGUGUUUGGGGCCCUUUCAAUGACGAGGAGGAAUGGGAAUUAGCUAGGUGGUUGAUCCAAAAUGUUGGGCAAAACCAAACCGAUGAAUUUCUAAAGCUUCCUAUUGUUCGAAAUCAUGCCCAGGUUACAUACCCAAACAACCGCUCCUUCUUGAAAAAAAUUGACGCACUGCCUACAAAAGGACCUGAAUGGCACUGUGACCUCAUCAAGGUGGCAGGAGACAUUAUUGCCAGUGGAUGGACAGGGGAGGUAAUAGCCGAAUUUAUGAUGAAAUGUGGUCAGGGGGACUGGUGGUGGGACAUGCAGGGCAAGCUGCCGAAAGGAGCAACGAUAGCACCAGUCAUCCUUGCGUCCGAUAAAACAAGCCUCUCACAGUUUAGAGGCGACAAAUCUGCAUGGCCAGUAUGCAUGGAGCCAUUUUGCUUGGCUACCUCCCAGCAACAAAGCUUGACUGCUUUAGCAAAGGAACUCGGUCCAUUGCAGGGUAUCGGCUGUUUCAUGAAUCCCCUGAUCGAAGCCGGCAAGGAGGGUGUAGAGAUGAAAGUUUCUGUCCUAAGUGUCGUGUUCACAGAGACAGCCGUGGUAAACCUCUGGCUUCACUCCUACGAGAUGAAGCGCCACCUUGACUAUGCUGGAACACAAGCGAACAGGUCGCAGGAUCUUCCUUACUCCGAUAUCUUUGGUGCGAUCACACCCGAUAUUCUGCACCAAUUGCACAAGGGCGUGUUUCAUGAUCACCUGUUGAAAUGGUGCACCAAAAUCACAGGAGAAAAAGAGAUUGAUGAACAUUACCAAAAGAUGUCCAAUUAUCCAGGUCUCUGCCACUUCUCGCAGGGCAUCUCCCUUGUAUCUCAAUGGACAGGGACAGAGCAUCGGGAGAUGCAACGAGUCUUCAUGGGUGUGUUAGCUGGGGCGGUUCAACCAACAGUUAUUCAAGCAGCACGUGCCGUCCUCGAUUUUAUAUACUACGCACAAUUCCACGCCCAUACAUCUCAGUCUCUUGAUGCCCUAGAGUCUGCGCUGCGCGAAUUUCACAAUCACAAGCAUAUAUUCGUGGAUCUGGGGGUGCGUAAUGACUUCAAUAUUCCAAAAAUGCACUCAAUGCAACAUUACGUGGCGUCGAUCAAGUCUCGUGGCUCCGCAGAUGGAUUCAACACUGAAUUCCCCAAACGCCUCCACAUCGACUUCACAAAAAAUGUGUAUCGAGCAACAAACAAAAAAGACUAUGUUGUGCAGAUGACGAAGUGGUUAGCACGACAGGAAGCAGUGGACCAAUUCGUGGCUUACCUGGACUGGAGGUUGCAGAGAAAGAUGGAUGAUGAGGAAGCCGAUGGCGAUGUUGACGAUGUUGAAGGUGGCAUAGCGCUGAAUGCGGAUGUACCCGAGCCACAGCCGCCAACAGUUGAUUAUAUUGCCCAGACAUUUGGGGCGGUCAAUUUCUUUACUGCACUCACCCAAUACCUGAAUCGAACUCCACCACCCCAAAAUCCAGCCACCCCCCACAAGUACCGUUGUCAGUCUGUCAUUUGGGACAGUGCAGUCCAUAUGUCGAAGUCCAUGGACUGCAUCCGUGCAGUGCUUUACACCCCUCCUUCUGGUCGGUCAGCUGGUUCGCCAGGACAAUUUGAUACAGUCCUGGUGCAAACAGAAGGUACUACUAAUGUACACACUCAGGGGACUGCAUUGGAAGGUCUUCAAGUUGCGCAAGUCCGCCUGAUAUUUGACUUACCAAUGCACCUGCGCACUACUGGACAGCCUUUCCACCUUGCACUCGUUGAAUGGUUCAAUCCCUUCCGGGCACGCGAUGCAUUGUUGCAGCUGCACACAGUCUCGCGUUCUUAUGCGGGUCAAGCUCCUCGCACUGAGGUGAUCCCCAUCAGUCAAAUUUCUCGGAGUUGUCAUCUUAUACCUAAGUUCGGCACACAUGUCGACCAAACGUGA